AUGAGGUUAAUAAAGGGGUUGAAAAACAAGAUACUCGGUGCGCUCAAGGGCAAAGCACAUGAAGAGUCAACAGCGCCAAAGAUCGCUUGGGUACCUGCGAAACAUUUCAAAGCAUUAAAGUUCGAGCCGUCGGGGUUUGAAUUACCUUUCAUAUGUGAAGACAAAGUCUUCCCCCUGUUAGAUCUUCCGCUCGAGCUGGUCAAGGUAAUCAUAUCAGAGGUGGUAACCAUUCAAGGGUCCCACCGUUCUGUCAAGUUACGCAUCGUCAACAAACUGUUUGACCAACUAAUCGUUGAGACUGUUUUCUCAACCAAAAAUGCCAGCUUGUUGCCCAACGACUCGAAUCCUAGCUAUAUACCCAUGCAGCAGACUGGCCGAAUCGCGUUUGCAAAGAUAUUAGAGCAAAAGCUCAUGCAGGAAAGCGCUAGGCAAAGCCCGUUGCGCCGAACUAUCGACGGGUGUAUCAACCUUCUUGAAACACUCGGUCCUGACUCUCCUGAAAAUGUGGACCAGCGUCGCAUUCAUUAUUCAAGCAUUCUGUGCGCACGAGCUGUUAAUAUAUUGAGCAUGGGCGACGCAAUUCGAUGUCUCCGAGCGGAAGACAAGACAGAAAUAGAGGAGCCACGCAUAGGAGCUCUUAUCUUAGCGGCGGCUACAGGAAACAACCCCGUUGUUCAAGCUCUCGUAGCCCAGGAAACGGUCACCAAUGAGGAUUCGGCCACAGAUGACAGCUCGGUCACGGAUAGAAGCUGGAGCUGGGUCAGGACUGGGAGCGUGUUUUUCGGUUGUGCAAUGAGUGCUGCCGCCGAAUAUGGGCAUAUGGGUGUUGUGGAGAUAUUUUUGAAUUUCCCACUACCUUCAAUUUAUGCCUGUAUCGGGGCUAUUAGAGGUGGAAAUAAAGGUAUGCUGGAAAAGCUACUGGACCAUUAUCAGGAUGACCCCGAUAGUGAAGACCCGAUGGACGACAGACAAAUCAUGAUUGCAUGCGCGGCCGCCGUAGACCAGACUUCAAUCCUCGAUACGUUAAUAAAGCAUAUUUCAAAGUCGAUGUCGAUCUCUCGUAAACAAAAGGCCUUGACACAUGCUUUGUACAAGGCUGUCUGUUGCUCUGCUAGGUCGACCACUAGAUUUCUCCUCAAAAGCGGAGUCAAUAUCAACCACAACGACGACUGGUCUGGUAACGGCAUAUAUCUGGCGUCUAAACGUGGAGACCUCCAAACGGUGAAGCUUCUUGUGGAGUACGGGUGGGAGGUGCAAUCGGGGGCUUACCAAUACGAGGAAGGCAUGCAUGUCGCAGCCGCAAAGGGACAUGUCGAUGUUGUAGAAUUCUUUCUAGAACUUGGAGUUGAUCCAAAUUGCCGGUUUCCUUCCGUAACUCCGCCAUCAGAUAGUCUGGAUGAGGAAUUUUGGCACCCGGUAGAUCCUCGCGACCCUGCAACAAUAAAUGCAACACGUAAUGGCGAUUUCCGGAUGUUUUGUUUUCUGGUAAUGAAAGGAUGUCGUGUGGAUCUUGAAAACGAGUUUGUGUCGACGCCGAAACAAUGGCUUAAGCGGGUUGAGGCUUGGAAAGAGAACAAUUUUUCCGUUUAA